AUGGGCCCAUGGGGGGCUGAGAGGAUCAUGAUCAUCUCCGCCUCACAAGGGGCGUCAGAGCCUCGUCCGUGUGUCAGCAGGGUGCGCCGCGGGCAGAGUGACAGCGGAAGUCCUUUACUAUACAGAAGACGUGCUUUCCACUGUACUCGCCUGAUCCUGGGAGUAAUGUCCAUCGACAGGACCUGUGGGCCCACAGGCAGUUCAGGAAUGUACACCAAAGUCACACAAUAUAUACCCUGGAUUGAAAGCAUUGUGUGGCCUUGA